CAGUAUAGGACGAAAUUGCGAGACGAGGAGAGCCGAUGAAAAGCUUGGCACGAAGCUGCAAUCAUUAAUCCUGCGGUAUAGAAAGACCUGUGCACGUGUUACGUCACAUAUAACAGUAGAGCCACCAAUCGCCUAUUCUAAAUCAGAGGCCAACGAUUAUAUUCGAUUCGGAUGACAAAUUGGACUGUAUUUAUACCGCUACGCUCGUGAAUAGAACCACAGACGUAACAAGCAACCAGACCAGGUGGAGCUCGUCACAGCAAAGCAAGUGCCGCAAGACAAGGUUCAGCAGACGUUGGAACUAUGGAAAAAGUACUGUUGCUGCUUUUCGUUGCAAGUGUGGCGCUAGCCGGGGAUAUUAGACCGGAGCUGCAUGAUUCACCAAAGACGCGCGACGGCUUCGCGCUCCAUCUUAAUGACUUAUCCAAGCUGACUAAAUGCCAAAUGCACAGGGAGAUGAGUCUGAACGCUCCGCCUGUACUCAUGUUUGAUAUCUGGAUCCCGGAAUGCAACAUGUUCAACGGACAUUACCUACCAGGACAAUGCACGAAUGACGGUCGCUGCUUCUGCGUUGACAGAGUCGGUGCGACAAUUGAUGGGACGGAGACGACAGGCCAGCCCAAAUGCCCAUCGGUGAAAGGAGAUAAUCGCUUAUCGCACCUCGCCAACUGGCCUCUGUAAUUACACGAUAGAUGGCGUUGUUAUCACCGACAUCAGCCUUGAUGGUGUUACUGCAAUCCCCGCAGUGUGGCGCUGUCAUGUAGUAUACUAGCUAAUUACCGUGGUUCUGGCAUGCUACUUACAUAUUAUAAAGCAAUUAAAUGUGGGGUUUCUACGUUACCGGCACUAAUACUUAUUGCAGAAAUUGUUACGUGGGAAGUUUUCCGAUGAUUCAGUGGCCAUAGAUACAUACAUACGUGACUCUCUAAUUGUAAAAAUAAGCAGUUUUUAAGUUUAAAUAUUUCGUUUUACUUGUACGUUCGAGCUAUAUACUGGAAUGUACCGGUGACAUGAUAUUUCAUGAUAAAAUUGAAUUUAGAUUUAAAAUUGAGUACACAAAGUACAAUAUUUACAUAACAACCGUGUAUAUAAUUAAUUGUAUCAGAAGUGUAUAAUAUAGAGAACUUGAUGUAUUUGUGUAAGGUGAUAAAUGUGCUGCUUUUCCCUAAAAUUGUUUUGCAUCCAUGAGCAUUAUAAGAGACAAGUUGAGCUGGUUUAGAAACUAUUCCUUACUCUUUAUUUGGCUAAUUGGGCAUCUUUUCUAUUUUUCUGUCAGCGUGGAUUAAAUCGUAUAAUAUAAUAUCGACUUAAUUUAUCACUGACAUUAUUAGUGUUUAUAUAAUCUAUGGUACAUAAAUAUAA